AUGCAAACGCCCACUCAAGACGUUGCACUUCAAGAUCACUUCGUUCAGAUCGAGACUCCCAAGCCCCAUGUCGACACUUCCUUUGUGUCGUCAGAAGCUCCCAAGCUCACACUCCAGUGGCGCAACCUCAGUCUCAAGGCCACAGUUGUUAAUCCCCGUACCAAACAAGCUGAAGAGAAGGUUAUUCUAUCCAAUGUCAGUGGCACCGCAAGACCCGGUGAGUUGCUGGUUAUCAUGGGACCAUCUGGUGCUGGUAAGAGCUCCUUGCUCGACUGCAUCUCUGGACGCAAUAAGGCUGUUGAAGGAGAGAUCAUGCUCAAUGGACAACCAUGGAGUGACGACACCAAAAGACUCGCGUCCUACGUCAUGCAAGACGAUUUGUUCUACCAGACCAUCACCGUCAAGGAGCAUCUUGUCUUCCAAGCUAGACUUCGUAUGGGCAAGACGUACACGGAGCAACAAUACAUGAAGCGUGUGGACGAGGUGAUGGAGCAACUGGGCCUUAUGAAGUGUCGAGAUACACUUAUUGGUGGCAUCUCGUUACGUGGUAUCUCUGGAGGCGAGAGGAAGCGCCUGUCGUUUGCCACGGAGAUCUUGACGAACCCGUCGAUCUUGUUCGUGGACGAGCCGACGUCGGGUCUGGACAGCUUCAUGGCGGAGACGGUGACAGCGCAACUACAGCAAAUCGCUCGUGAAGGUCGUACAGUGAUAGCUACGAUCCAUCAGCCUUCGGCCGAGAUGUUUACGCUCUUUGAUCAGCUGUAUCUACUGUCCGAUGGUUCGCCAGUGUAUCAAGGCAAAGCGUUGGAAUCUGUCGACUACUUCGCAUCGCUUGGCUACGCUUGUCCGUCGCUAAUGAACCCUACGGACUACUUCAUGAAGCAACUCGUCGUUAUGGACAAAGCUACAGACGCUGACGGUGUUGCGCGUGUCGACAAGCUCAAGAAAGAAUGGGUGCAGCACCAGACGCUGCCUCAAAUCAAGUCUCCAGAAGGAGAUGGCAAGGUCGCAGACUACCAAGUCUCUCGGUUGAACUUCAUCGGACAAAUCGGAGUUCUGGCGCAUCGUAAUGUCGUCCGGUUUGUGCGUGACCGUCUUGGCUUCCGAGCCGCGAUCUUCCAGACGUUGUUCAUCUCUCUCAUCGUCGGUCUCAUAUACCUCCAGCUAGAUCUGGACCAGAAAGGCAUUCAGAACUUCACCGGCGGCUUCUUCUUCCUUAUCGUCAAUCAAACCUUUGGGUCGGCCAACCCCGUCUUCAUCUCCGUGCCGAUGGAACUCCCCAUCAUCAUUCGAGAGUACAGAGUCGGACUGUACCAUCUCUUCUCGUGGUACCUUUCGAAGAAUGCGAGUGAGAUCCCCAUGCAAAUUCUCUUGCCGAUUGUAUUCUUCGUGCCGGCCUAUUUCUUGAUUGGCAUCGGCCACGGGUUCGACGUCUACAUCUACCAGCAGAUUAUCAUGAUUCUAGUCAAUAGCUGCGCUGUGGGUCUUGGCUACAUGGUUUCCUGCUUGGUUCGUCGGAUUGAUAUCGCUCCGAUCAUUGGCAUGAUUAUCAUUCUCCCCUUCCUCUUGUUCGGAGGCCUGCUGAUCAACUCGGACGAUUGUCCCAAGUACUUUGUGUGGAUCCAGUACAUUUCUCCUAUUAAGUACGGCUUCGAAGCGAUCAUGAAGAUCUUCUGGAACCAAGUACCGAAGAUCGCGUGCGACGAAGCCAUGGAAAACUGCACUGCACUCACGGGAGCAGAUGUAUUGAAAAAUUACAGUCUGCAGUCACGAUCAGCGCUCGGUGACGGUCUCAUUUUGCUGGCGAUCAAUGUUGGCUUCCGUACGAUCGGAUUCAUCGGGUUGUGGCUAAACUUACGUAAAGAGGGCUAA